AUUUCUUUCCUUGCUUUAGGCUUUUUCAAAACCCUAGCAAGCUCUGAGCCUCACACCUUCUUCUUCACCAAACGGUGCCUCUGCUCCACUCUGACCCUCGAGCAACAUGGCACCUAAGAAGGAAAAGGCUCCUCCUCCGUCCUCGAAGCCAGCCAAAUCCGGCGGAGGAAAGCAGAAGAAGAAGAAAUGGAGCAAGGGAAAGCAAAAGGAGAAGGUGAACAACAUGGUUUUGUUUGAUCAGGGAACCUAUGACAAGCUCCUUGUGGAAGCUCCAAAGUACAAGCUUAUCACACCUUCCAUCUUGUCCGACAGAUUGAGGAUCAAUGGAUCAUUGGCACGCCGGGCAAUUAAGGAUCUGAUGGCAAGAGGUUCCAUUAGGCUGGUAUCUGCUCAUGCAAGCCAGCAGAUCUACACCAGGUCCACCAAUACUUGAACAUGAAGAGUGAGCGACAUAACAGUUUUCUGUUCAAGGAACUAGUGUCUCUUAUUAUGUUCUGGUAGCUACAUUUUGCUCGUUUUGUGCCGUAUGAGCACAGAUUUUUUGUUCAUGAUUAAAAUCCGUACUGCACCAUUAGUCAUUUUAAGUAGUUUAAAUUAUUGUAGGGUUUGCCUCUUCUCCCACAAGAGAAGAAUCCUUUUUUUCCCCUCCCCUGUCUUUUGUGGGGAAAAUAUUGAUGAGUUUAUCCUGGUAUUUGUUAUCACCUUAUACCAAUUUAAAUAUCAGUUUUUUUCUUUUUUUCU